AUGCCGCUGUUUUCGGAACAUAUUUCGAAUAUGUAUUAUAGUGGAACUCCUUCUUAUAGUGCGCCGUAUAGUUAUAGCAGUUCAGUGUCUCCAUAUGGAUCAUCUUACAGUGCAUCUUAUUUAAGCCCGGGUGGUAAUUACAGUUCCCACUCGUCUAUUGGCGCCUACUCUCGAACACCCCUGCCAUCACGAUGGAUAAGUAGUAGCCGAAUUUAUUCACCUAUCUUAAGUACUAUAUCUGAAAAAGGAACUUCUAGUCCAGUAAGAAUAAAUAGUCCUAGGAGGACCCCAAUAACUAAUAGGACUUAUAUUUCAUCGGCGUAUACAGCCCGUCCCAUCAAUAUAAAUACAGCUGAUAUUGAUGUAUCGAGGGACAAAUAUCGCAAUAGAGUAUCAAACUCAAAUCCUAUAACAACUCCCCCUAGGCGACCAAGUCCGUCAACUCAGAAUGAUAAUGGUCACGAUAAACCAAACACUGGUAUUGAUUCUUCACCCGGGCCACAGCGUACCACGAUUAAACGAGACCGAACGGUAGUACGACUUCAUACAAUAAAACGGAAAGAGAGAGAUUCUCCACGGAAACCCGUAGAGCUUUCACAAAAUAAUAUCAAUAGCGUUGAAGUGCCUCUACAUUCAGAAGUUCAAGAAAAACAAGCACAACCAGUUAAAUGGAGAGAAAAAUUAGCCGAUGACUUAACAUUUAAAGUUCAAAAAGAAAAAAAAUCAAUAGGGACCAAGUUAGUUGAAAAGUUUACGCUUAAAGAUAAAGAUGAUAAUAACACAGUUAAUAUUACAAAACAAUCUCCUUCAAGUAAAAAAGAAGAAAAAAUAUUUUUAAUCCAACCAACUAAUGAUACAAGUUCCCAAAAUAAAUCUUUAGGCAGACGUUGUUCUAUGGAACUCUUAGCUGAACAAGCUUGUUUAUUAGAUUCAUUGAUAAGGAGAGAGAAUUUAAGCACUGCACCAUUAGACUUAAGCAAAAUUGGUACUGAAGAAGUAUCUGUCAUUAAUGAAAAGGAAGAAAAAAAUAUCAAAAAGAGAAGGUUAUCUGAUCAUGAAAACCCAUUAACUACUACAAAAUCGGACCAUUCUUUACAUGAUCAUUUCUUAUCUAAAGAUAUCAAAGAUCAAAAAAGUUCUAAAAGACAAAGCCUAAGAAAAUGUUCCUCUGGUGGUAGUAUUUGCAAAUUGGACUGCAUUUCAGAAGUCCCCAAAAGUUCAACGCAAGUAGAUUUGUCUACAAUAAAGGAAAAUAAAGUUUUAAAUAAGAAAUCUAAUAAGAAUCUUAAACCUAAAGUCAAAACUAAAAUUACAUCUACAGUUGAAGUAACGCCACCUAGCACUCCCUUAAAAUUGAUUGUAGAGCAGGUGACUGUGGAAGUAAAACCACGACAGUGUAAAAAAGAAAUAAUAUUUAGUAGUACGAUUGAAGAUGAUAUAGAAGAUAAAAAGUUAGUCAAAGUUUUAGAAGGACAUAGAAAAAGUGUUAAACCAAAAACUAAUAACAAUCAACAGAUAACUUGCUCCUCUGUUGAACCCGAAUUAAAAAUUCAUAACAAGAAGAAGGAACAAAAUUCAAAAACAUCAUUAGGUCAUAGGAAAAGUGUAAAAAUUAAGCCAUGCUUAGAAAGUCCUGAACCAGAAGAUGGAAAUUUUUGGGAUAAAAUAGGUAAAAGAGAAACAAUAUAUUUGAUUAAAAGGAAACAAGACAUAGAAGAAAACAAGGAGAAAAAUAAACGUUCUUUAUUUUGGUUUCCCGAAGAUGAGGAGUCUACAACCGAAAACUUGGUUGUGAAUGUUCAAGAAACUUCGACUGGGAAAGAAGUUACUAAUAUGAUUUCUAGUGAUUCAGAAAAAUUGUCGCAAUCUGUUCCACCCAUCACAGCUCAAAUUUCAGACAGUAAAAUUCAUCAUAGGAAUGAAAUAAUUCAAGAGAGUGAAGAAUCAAAUCUCACAAAGCUAAUAUGUGAUAGCAAAUUAAAUAAUAAUAAACAAAGUAUUCAAUGUAAAGAAAACAUUUGUAAUAGUAGCAAUGUUAGCAUUGCUAAAAUAAAUGUAAGUGAUGAUAGUGAAAAGACUGAAACCCAGACUGUGCUUACUAAUAACAAUAUUUCUGAGACAGAAAGAAGUGCAAAAAUAAUUGAAGACGAUUCAUCAUUGAAAACUAAACCAUCGGACCCAUCAAAAAGUACUUUAGGAAGCAAGGAAUCAAACGAAAUUGAAAACAUAAUACCAAGCGAAUUUAAGGAAAAAGUUGGAAUUUCUAAAGAAUCUGAUGGUAAACAAUUAAGUAAGAGCUUAGAGUCAAGUGACAUUGGGCAUUUAUCACAAUCAAAAAUUACAUCCUCCCUCGUUGACAUGUGCAAUAAAACAGAAGAUUCAAAGGCAGUGGAAGUUAAAUCUGAUAAAAUAAAAACAGAAUUAAACUCCACUCAAAUAAAUAUGAAAAAGUUACCACAAAAUAAACCAAAAGAUAUAAUUGAUAAAUUAAGCAAUUCAAAACAAGACCUUAAAUUUAAAGAUAAGGAUAAUCUUUCAGAGGUGAAAACAGUUCCCUGUGAUGAUUCAAAAGAAAUUAGAAAAUCAAUUAUUUAUACUGAUACUGAAUCUAAUUCAGAUGUUCAGUUAGGUGAAAACAGUGUGGCUGUUCCCACUACCAAUACUGCCAAUGCUGAGUUAGGAAAUUUAUGCAAGUAUAAACCUGAAAAAGUGUCCACAGUAGAUUCUGAUUCAAAUCAAGAGGAAAAAAUGAUCGAUAAUAUUAGUCAUAUAAUCACGGAUACAGAUAUUGUGAAAGAAUCAACAUUAGUCGAAAGUAAUGAACCAGAAGUAUCAUUGGCUACUUCGAUUCCUUCAACGAGUUACGAUAAAUCAGAAAACUUAUUAGUGAGUGAUAAUACAAAUAUACCUGACAGAGAAAGCACUCAAGACGGUGAUGUCCAAAAAGAGUCUUCAAUUCGGAAAAACGUAGAAACAGUUGAAGCAUCAAAAGAUACUCCAGUGACAAUUAUAAAAGAUGAAAAUUCAGCUACACCUGCACCUUCAGGGCUUAUCGCACAGUUUGCACCUAAAAAACCAGUAAAAGAAGAAAGAGCACCAAAAGUUUUAAUAGCUACACCUAGACCUCUUCAAAAGAGGAAACCACAAGUGAUUCACUCCUCAUCUUCAUCAUCAUCUUCAACAUCCGAUGAUUCGACGGAUGAAGAAGAUGAUGCUUCUGAAGAAUCAGAAUCAAGUGAAACUUCUGCCGAAUUUUGCGAAUGUGAAAACAAUCCCGAUGGACGAACUUCGACGGGUUCUAAUGAUUCAGGAUUCGAUUCAUCGGCACCGACAUCUCCUUCGUUCAUUUAUGCAAAGAAAGUGUCUAGGAAAAUGUCUUCUAUAAUUGUUAUAGACUGCGAUGUGAACUGUCAUCGAAAAUGUGAAAAACUUACUGCAAAUUUAUGCGGAGUAAAUCAACGGCUAUUGGUUGAAGCUUUAGCAACUCGAACAACGUCGAAAGGAGGUGGAGACCCCAGCACCUCAACAGCUUCUGCACCAACACAUACAUAUACCCAUGACGUCUUAGAACAAGAGUUGGAACAUUCGACGGCGUACGAACUAUUCAGAAAAACUGGUCGGUUUACGCCACCAGCCAGGUCCAUCCCGAGGUUCAGAAAGUACACAAUCGAAGAUUUUCAAUUUAUUAAAGUACUAGGCAAAGGAAGCUUUGGAAAGGUCAUGUUAGCUGAGCUGCGUGAUACUGAAUAUUAUUAUGCAGUUAAAUGUUUGAAAAAAGACGUUGUAUUAGAAGACGAUGACGUAGAAUGCACGCUUAUUGAAAGGAAAGUUCUUGCUCUUGGUACAAACCACCCCUACUUGUGUCACCUGUUCGCUACUUUCCAGACAGAUUCUCAUCUAUUUUUCGUAAUGGAGUACCUGAACGGUGGUGAUUUAAUGUUCCACAUUCAACAAAGCGGACGGUUUCCGGAAGCGAGGGCGCGGUUUUACGCGGCUGAAAUCGUGUCGGGGCUUAAGUUCCUUCAUAAAAGAGGAAUUGUUUACAGGGAUUUGAAACUGGAUAACAUACUAUUAGACUUUGACGGACACGUGCGGAUAGCAGACUUCGGCAUGUGCAAGUUGCAGAUAUACCUCGAAAAGACUGCGGACACGUUCUGCGGCACUCCAGACUAUAUGGCUCCUGAAAUAAUCAAAGGCCUUAAAUACAAUCAAACAGUUGAUUGGUGGUCAUUUGGCGUAUUAUUAUACGAGAUGUUGAUCGGUCAGAGUCCGUUCAGCGGUUGCGAUGAGGACGAGCUAUUCUGGUCCAUUUGCAAUGAAAUGCCGUCUUACCCGCGCUUCUUGUCAAAAGACUCUCUCAGCAUAUUAACUAGGCUCUUGGACAAAGAUGCGCGAACACGUCUCGGCGGCGCGGAGUGUAUGCACGGCGACAUUCGUGACCAGGAAUUCUUCCAGCCGAUACAUUGGGAGCGGCUCGAGCGGCGCGAAUUAGACGCGCCCUUCAAACCACGAGUGAGACAUCCAAUGGACACACAAUACUUCGACCGCGCGUUCACCGGCGAGCGCCCGCGCCUCACCGCGGUAGAACCACAAGUCCUUCGUUCUAUGGAUCAAGAACCGUUUAGAGGUUUCUCAUACACUAAUCCAAACGCUACUGAUCGC